AUGGCCUUCAGGGGGCCUGAACCCUGGGUCCCCGCAUCCCUGCAGAGCCAGAGGCUGAAGGCAGAGGAGAAGAUACUGGAUCUAGAAUUUGAAGUCUUAAGUGUGGGAUUUAACGAGGAGGGCAGAUACGCCCUGCGGCUGACAGCUGAGAACCCCCUGCAGGCUGGAUCUGGGGCUGGGGUACUGUUGCAGGUAAAUAAUGGGGACCCCCUCCCUACCUGCUCUGCUGUCACCGAUGUCAUUGAGCAGCAGGAUCCUGGCCAGAGCCUCGCCCUCACCAGGAACAAGUUUGUCUUUAUUUUGCCCAAAGGCUUCUGCAAGAACGACGGGCAGCACGACGCGCAGCUGCGGGUGGAGGCGCUGCGGCUGGGCGGGGCCUCAGGACGCCCCGCCCAGCGGGUGGGCGAGGCCAUCUUCCCGGUCUUCCCGCGCCCGGACCAACCCCGCAUGAACCUGUGGGCGCGGGAGCACGAGGACCUGUACUGCUACUGCGGCAGCCUGGCCCUGCUGCGUGCCAGCGCCGACCCCACGGCCCGCCACUGCGGGGGCCUGGCCUACAGCGUAGCCUUCCGGGAGCACCGGGGCCCUCAGCCUCCAGCCCCCAACUGCUCCCCGGGGGCCGGCCCCCCAGGACCCGUGUCACCAGAGGAGCCCCUGAACACCUUCAGGAGUAUGGAAUCUGUCACAAGCCACCUGUCCCCCUCUAAUAAGGAGACCAUCAUGGUCACUCUCCACGGGGCCAUCAACCUACCCACCUGCAAGGAUGACUCUGAGCCGUGGCCCUAUGUGGUAGUGAAAACCACAUCUGAGGACACGAAGAACCAGAAUGCUAAGGCAGUCACAUUUGUGACCUCAGAGCCCACCAAAGCCCCUAUCUGGGGGGACACGGUCAAAGUGGAGCUCCAAGCUGAGGAUGUGGAACGAGAAGAUGUGGUCCUCAAGGUGAUGGACAAUAAAAAGAAAGAGGAACUGUUGUCCUACCAAAUCCCUAUCAAGUACCUGCGUGUCUUCCACCCCUACCACUUUGAGCUAGUGAAGCCCGCCCAGUCUGGAAAAGCUGAAGAAGCCACUGCCAAGACCCAACUGUACGCGACCAUCGUUCGGAAGGGCAGCUUCUUCCCCCGCUAUGUCGGCAGCAACCACACAGCUCUGGAGGUCUUUCUCCGGGGAGUCAAUGAGCCCCUGGUCAACAACCCAGACCCCAUGGUGGUCAUUGCCAGGGUGGUUCCCAACUACAAUGAUUUUAAGGUCAAUCAGGUAAAGCAGGACCCGGCGUUCACGGGGCUGCCCAUCACCCGACUCUCCUUCCCUAUCUCAUCUGUGAUGCACUUCGACGUUCCUCGGGUCAGCCAGAAUGGGUGCCCUCAGCUGUCCAAGCCUGGGGGCCCCCCGGAGCUGCCCUUAUGGAACCAAUCCUUCCUCUUCCAAGGCCGAGACGGAGCCACCAACUUCUCGGAAGACACAGCCCUGGUGCUGGAGUACUACUCCUCGGCUUCCAUGAAAGGCAGUGAGCCAUGGACCCUCAGCAAGCCUCUGGGCGUCUCCGUGUUGCCGCUAAAGAGCCGUUUGUACCGCAAGAUGCUGGCAGGGAAGGGUCUGAAUGGGCUGCGUGUGGAGAGGCUCCCCAUCACCGACACCAAGCUGAAAACCAUAAAUGGUGAGGCCCCCACAGUGGAUAUCUCCUUCCAGCUGCUUUCCUCUGAGAAGCCGGAAAACUUCUUGACACCAAACAACAGCCAGGUUCUGCCCAUCCUGGACCCCAAGAUCUUAGAUGAGAAACUGGGUACCAUCCGUGAGUCCUGGUCCAAGGCCACGGUGAGCUCUACAAUGGAUUCCAGCACAUCUACCUCUCAGGAAACAGAGAUAGAGCCUCAGGCACCCAAGAUGUCCCAUGAAAUGGAGAUGAACAACUACCGGCGGGCCAUGCAGAAGAUGGCAGAGGACAUCCUGUCGCUGCGGAAACACACCAGUAUGCUGGAGGCCGAGAACCGCAUGCUGAGGAGCCAGCUGACCCAGGAGGAGGCGGAAGAGGAGCAGGACAACGCCAACAAAGCCCAGAACUCCCCCACCCCACCAGUGUCCAUGAAGCAGAAACUGCUGCUGAGUGAGCUGGAUCUGAAGAAACUGAGGGACAAAGUGCAGCAUUUGCAGAAUGAGCUGAUUCGAAAGAAUGAUCGAGAGAAGGAGCUGCUCCUCCUGCACCAGGCUCAGCAGCCACAGGCGGCGCUGCUGAAGCGGUACCAGGACAAGCUACAGAAGAUGAAGGCGCUGGAGGAGACCGUGCGGCACCAGGAGAAGGUGAUCGAGAAGAUGGAGCGGGUGCUGGAGGACAAGCUGCGGGACAGGAAGGAGCCCCUGCUCAACAGGCUACAGGGAAAGCCCACCAUGGCCUUCCCCAUGCUCUCCGCCUCUGGUCUUCCCCCGGGGCCGACAGGAGAGAACCUGCCUAUGGACCUGUACUCAGUCCUGCUGGCGGAAAACUCCAGGCUGCGGGCAGAGCUGGAGAAGAACCGCCACCAGUCGGCGCCCAUCAUCCUGCAGCAGCAGGCGCUGCCGGAUCUCCUUGCCAGUACCUCAGACAAGUUCAACCUUCUGGCCAAGCUAGAACGAGCUCAGAGCCGAAUCCUAUCCCUGGAAAGCCAGUUAGAGGACUCGGCCCGACGCUGGGGACGUGAGAGGCAGGACUUGGCCACACGGCUGCAGGAGCAAGAAUAUGGCUUGGGCCGCCCCUCAAACUCCGUCGUCACUGACCUGCCUGACUCCUUGGCCCACGCCAAGGACCACAGGCGACCCUCGAAGCUGGACCCUCUGAUGCCCAGCUCGGAGACUAAGCUCAACAAGCCCUCAAACUCGGAAAAGACCUGAGUCUUAGCAGACCUGAGUAGCUGGAGCAGGCCUCCCUCUCUGUGUGCUGGGGAGUCUCAUUCCACCCCCCAGAUGACUGUAUUAAAUGCCAUAGGUCAGUGA